ACACUCUCACUUUCACUCGCUCUCUAGCCUCUCUCUAGACCCCUGCUUCUGCACUCGUGCACUCCGCGCACUCGUGCCCUCGUGAUCAUCACGCUCAAACGCCCCCCCCAACCUUCGCCCUCAAUCUCCCAUCCAUCACGCUUCCCAGUUCAAACAUUCAUCAGCAGCACGCACGCCGUCACAACGUAAACAUACGCAUCAUUCCGUCGCGUGCGUUCAUAACGUUCCACAGUCAACCCAAUCUAUCACCUAUCAACCACUCUCCCCACCCCUAUCUCAUAUGAACACACGCUCUCAACAACAUGCCGCACCCCGUUAACGUUCCUCCGCCACUGUCUUCCUCGGUCUCCGAUGUCGACCUCUUCCGCGCCAUUGAGACAAUCAUGGGUCCAGAAAGCACCAUCUGGGCCACCGACGUCCCUGACUUGUUCAGCAAGAUCCGCCAAGACCAGCACGGAUUCGCCGUGCUGAACGACUCGCAGCUAAGACAACUUCGCGACGUCGUGAGCUCGGACAAGUACUCGACGAUGGCAUUGUCCUGCGAGGAAGUGUUCCAGAUGCUCAAGCACCUCCGCGGACAUUCAUCGACUCCGCCACCAUCUGCUGACGUUGCUACGCCGACGGCUUCCAAGACCCAACGACGUAGAUCGGCUAGAAUCAGGUCAUCAUCGGAUUCGUCGUCGACUGAUGAGGACGACGAACAGACGCCAUCGCGCUUGUCGUCAUCCGCAACGGUCAAGCGCGCGGUUCCCCGCAGAUCAUUCCCUGACGAGUCGUCAACCUACAUGCUUCCUUCAACAAUUGCGACCUCGCCGGAAGGCGCCCUCCCACCCCGCGUGAAGAAGUUGUCCGAUGCGUCCAACAAGUUUGAGCAGCGCAGUCGAGACGACCCACCAAGCUCCUACAUGCCUCUGGGCAGGCGACCGCUGCCUCAGAGUCGUCGAAGCUCGGCCCAGUUCAGUGCCAGUGCGCGGAGCGACGAUGGCCAUGCGCCGUCCGACUACACGUACACGUACAAAACCCAUGGCCGCAGCGUUAGCAGUGCCAGUGUAGUGUCACCGUCCUCAGCACGCUCUGCUGGCGCGGCGUCGCCAAUAUCAGCAAGCGGAGAUGGCUACGCUUCUGAUGACGAGGACCGGUGGAGGAGUAACAGCGCGUCCGUGGAGAGUGCCCUGGACAAGAUCAGAGACGCAGAGGAAGUGCAGCGGCUGAAGGAGGUUGUGGCAGAACUCAAGAAUCGAAUCAAGUCUCUCGAGCACGAGCGCGAGCUUGCACAACAGACGCAUGAGGACAUGGUGGCCGAUAUCGAGACCCGGGCGGAGAAUGAGAGGCAAGAACACGAUAGCCGUGCCAAGGACCAGAUGGCGCGCACAGAACAGAAGUACCGGACCGAGAUUGAGGCCAAGGAGCAAGAGAUUACCGAGAUCAACGAGGCGCUCGAUACCCUCUCUGCCAAGCUCGCCGACGUACAAGCCGCUCUCGAAAGCGAAAGGAACCGUACGGCGGAGUUACGAGACACGGUAGAAGACCGCGAAAAGGAUGUGGCGCAUUUGCGCAUGGAGCUGGAGAUGUGGGGAGAUCAGAAGCAACAAGUCGAGGACGAACUGGGCAGGCAGAAUGCUCAUGCUGCCGAGUUACAAGAGCGACUGGACGCAGCGCGUGAUCUUGAAGGACGACUGGCGGCGAAGAAGGCAGAGGUCGACAUGCUCAAGUCGACGGUCCUAGACAUGGAUAAACAACUAUCGGACCUCAAAGGCGGAAACGGAUAUGGCGGAGGCGGGAUUGCCUCAGCUGGGCCCGCCACAUUAACUCGCAACGGUGGCAACCAGCUCAGUACCGAGCUCCAGACCGGUGAUGGGCCCCAAGGGCAGAAGACUGUGUUCGUCGAAACUGUUGUAACGCGGACUAUUCGAGAAGGCGAUGGCUCAACCAUGUCGACAUACAAGAAUGUGGCUACAGGGACCGAGCCCAUCGAUAUUCUCAAUGAUCCCGACUUUGAGGAGGAGCGCGAAAUUCUACGCCGCCAAGGAGCUGCCAACGCUGAGCCCGACGGAGCAAGGACUCCGGUCCAGCCCCGCGCAACUCUGGCGGAGGAGGCGUUACGCUCUCCGCCAGCGUACUCUGCCGCCCCUGGCCCACUGGAUGCCGAUGCGCUCGUUAAACACAUGCAUCCUCCAGUCCCUAGGGGGACCGUACGGCACAACGAGGAUCUCCAGAAAGCCUACGACCUCGUGUCCAAGGCCACCGGCAAGCGGUGCCACGUUAUUGAGGAAGAACUGGAAGCCGACGACAUAAUGCGAGACAAACAUGAUGGGUACGAGGCCAAGCCGAGCAUGGUCGGGCGGGUGUUCAACUGGGCAUCUGCUAUUGGGCUAGCGCAUUUUGGCGGCCUAAUUAUUCUUACCGUACUCGCCACGCAAGCACUAGGACCACCACAGCGCGAUCCGUACGACUCGUUUGCGUACAACGGCUACGUGUCGUGGUUUGACCACACGGCGGCGAUGGCGCGGGCGGGGCGUGUACCAACCUAGGCGAUGAUCGACUGGACGACUUGUAUGACGUCCUCAUGACUGAACGACACGG